AUGUCCGGCUCCUAUGGUGACUUCGUCCUCUUUGGACCAGACGCCAACUGCACACUGGAGCUCUGCCCCAUAUCGACUACCGUCUACGAGUACAGACCCAGUCUGGCAGCGAACAUCACAUUCAUUGCUCUCUUCAGCAUUGCAAUGCUCCUCCACAUCUUCUUGGGCUUCCGGUGGAAGCAGUGGUGGUAUAUGUCAUGCAUGGUCAUGGGUUGCCUUGACGAGAUUCUGGGAUAUGCGGGUCGAGUCUGGAUGUAUUACAGUCCAUGGAAAUUCGAGGCUUUUAUGAUUCAGAUUGUGACAAUAACAACUGGACCCGUGUUCUACUGUGCUGCGAUCUAUGUCGUCCUUGCCAAGACAAUCACCGCGUUUGGCCCCGAGCACUCCCGUUUUCCCCCGCAGCUCUUCUACUGGGUAUUCAUCCCGUGCGACCUAGUCUCUCUGGCGCUCCAGGGUGCCGGGGGUGGAAUGUCCACCACGUCCUCCGGCACGAAUCAGACCGGCGUCAACCUCGCCCUCGCGGGUCUAGGCUUCCAAGUCUUCACAUUGGUUAUUUUCAGCGGAUUGUACAUUGACUAUGUCGUUCGCUACUAUCGCAGAACCGCGACUGGUUUCAGCAUGCGCCUCAAGCUCUUCUUCGGUUUCAUCGGGCUGGCUAUUGUACUCACCCUCGCUCGUUGCGCCUACAGGGUUGACGAGCUAAGUGAGGGUUAUGAUGGUCCACUGAUCUCUGAUGAGGGAUUGUUCAUCGGGUUGGAGGGAGUGCUCAUUGUCUUGUCCGUCUAUUGUCUUACCAUCGGUCAUCCUGGCUUGGUGUUUGGUAAGACUAAUGAGAAGAUGGUCUAUGAAGCCGACUUGAGCGCCGCUGAGAGUGGCAUGGAUCGCCGAGAGAAAUGA